CCCUCUGGUUCUCAUUCGCCUCCCUCCUCUGCUAUGUGGGUCCUGCUCUCAAUCCUGGGGGUCCUCACCUUGUUAUCCAUAGUUCCUCUGGCCAGAAGUUUCCUUGAGAAUCAGGACUGUUCUUCAGAGUUCCGCCACUGCAGGAUGAAGUGCGAUGCUAACGAAUACGCCGUCAGAUACUGUGAGGACUGGACCAUCUGCUGUCGGGUGAAGAAGAAGGAAGCCAAGAAGAGGAAGAUGUGGUGACACGACUCCAGGGAAAGGCUCUGAAAGUAUAUACAAGUUCCGUGUCCACCUACUAAUAAAUGGUAUGAUGAGUAAAGGGGAUUUCAUGACAAUUUCAUGCUUGCAUGGUCACAUGCACAUAAAUACAUGUCUUAUCA